AUGUCGACAGUAGGGCGGUGGAUUCACAUGGCUGUUACAAGAAACGUCAAACAACUUCAAUUAAUGUUUUCCCCUGAGGAGGAAAAUGAAGAUGUCGAGAUGCCCAAUUGUCUUGUGACAGGCAGCUCCUUGGAGGUAUUAAGGUUGAAUUUGAGGUUUCGUUGUCUACCGGUGUCUAAUACUAUGGGGUUCCCGGCACUUAGGGUUCUACAUUUGACCUAUGUUGACUUUUUGGGAGACUGCGAUUUGAGAUUUGAUGGGCUGGAAGAGUGGGAGUUGCAUGAAGGUGAUGUAAGGAGAAAGAUGACUCCAGAUGUGAAAAGGGUUGAGUUUUUUGAAUUUAAGGGGGAAAAGCCGAAACUCGAUUUAGAUUGGCAUGAAGUCACAUUUAUGGAAAUGAGAUUUGAUGGGCCGGAAGAGUGGGAGUUGCAUGAAGGUGAUGUAAGGAGAAAGAUGACUCCAGAUGUGAAAAGGGUUGAGUUUUUUGAAUUUAAGGGGGAAAAUCCGAAACUCGAUUUAGAUUGGCAUGAAGUCACAUUUAUGGAAAUGGUUUUUAGUUGGGGUACCAAAGCUAAGUACUUUUUGUAA